ACAAAAAAAAAACAACAACAAAAGAAACGGUACUCUAGUUAGUCAUGACUGCUUCUGGGAAAAACACACGUUUGUCGUUUUUUUGGCAAGACUCAGAGGAGGAAAAAGACGACAGAGUAACUAUGUUUGAUGUGGUUAACGGCCAAAUGAAAGAGAAUAUCGUGAUACAGCAGCUAAUAGUGAUUGCCCGGCUCCCCCGCAGUCUUGCUGAGAAGACACGACUGGGAGAUUAUUAUGAAGAACUUGUCUAUAAGUCAAAAGUACUUUGCUCAUAUGAAGCGAUAACGGGCCUGCUGUUGAUUUAUCCAACCUGCUUGUUACAUGUUAUUGAGGGGUCAAGAGAAACCCUAAAUUCUGUUUUAAAAGACAUGGCUCAACAGCCAAAGAGUGUAUUGCUGGAAGCAAAGAUUGUCUUCAUGGGUCACGACCUUCAAAGCAGACUCUUCAAAGACUGGGACUACAAGGUGCUAAAAGCAAAUCAGGUUGCUAGCAAGGCUGCGGUGGAAGGAGAUGAGGAAGAGAACACAGAAACUCUAGUCUGCAGUGUCCUUUCAGCACUACAACAACUGAAAAAACAUCUGGCAACAGGGGCUUUUCCUGAGGAAGUGCUAGAUGAGAAUCCAGAGUUGAUCAUUUCUCAGAAUAUUUUAGAGAAGCUUAUGAGUCGAGAUGAUUUUAUGAGCCCACAGCAACACCUGGAGAUCUACAAUUUACCUUUAAACAUCAGCGUUGAAAUUGGUAAAGUCGAUCCAAGAUCCUUAUUCCCCGAUAUUUAAAUUUCCAGACCGAAAGUCAAAGAUAGGGCUGGAGUCAUCACCCCAGGCUUGAAAAUGGAGGUUUUUAACAUGCGUGGACGAUAUGAAAUGGUCCAUUUCAAGGCAAGCAGUGAUGAUUUGUCAGUCCUAACUAAGUUGUUCUUUACACCUGAAUUUAAACAAGUAGAAAGGGAAGUAAACGAGAAGUGAAAACAACAAAUUGUAAAAUAAAAUGAAGUUCUGAAACUACAGUACUAACCUGAUGGGAGACAGACUCAAUUUACUCAUCAAUUCCCCCUGACUACUUCCCCCUUGUUUCAUGUCUAAGUUCACAAAACAAAAUUAAAAUAAAUAAAAAAAUAAAAAUCUUGUUCAAGAACACAAAUGAAUAGAUUUAAUUUCUGGACCACAGCUUUACUAAUUCCCAUUCUGACUGAAUUUCAAAACAGUAAUGGAUGGUUUUACAAUAAACAUUUUAGCACCAGUGGGGCCAUUUUUUGUCUGAUAUUUCCCAUAGGUUGAAAACUAUAAAUACCCAAAUCAUAAAGCUUUUUGAUGAACACUGAGUACAAAGUACAAAACUGUAAAUAAGACAUGUAUCUAGUCUGUUGACUUAUUUCAAAAUGGCUUUAGGUCUCAAAGGCUGGCAAAAUAUUUUAAAAUAAAAGUUACAUUUCCAGUUUUGUCAGUGUGUUAGAUAAUCAUUGUUGGAACGGGGGGCACACAGAAAGAGAAAUGAGCUUGCUUUAAUUGAUUCAUUAAGUGCAACUA